AUGUCCGCAACCAAGACUGGCAUCAAAGUCAUCGUCGUCGGCGCCGGCUUCGGCGGUCUCACCGCAGCCAUCGAAUGCCAACGCCAGGGCCACGACGUCGAAAUCUACGAAAACUUCCCGCAGCUCAAGGUCCUCGGCGACAUCAUCUCCUUCGGCGCCAACGCCGGCCGCAUCUUCUACCGCUGGGGCCAGGGUGAGGUUGUCAGCCGCCUCAAGCCGCUGUGCAUCAACCUCAAGGACUACGGUUUCCGCAUCCACAAGUACGACACGGGCGAGGUCGUGUACCAUCAACCGAGCGCUCCAGAUACGCCUGAUGCGCCGCCUAUGCAUGGGCAUCGUGGGGAGUUGCAUAAAGUUAUUUUUGAUUAUGCGAGGGAUGAUUUGAAGAUUCCGAUUCAUUUGGACAGUCCUGUUACGGAGUAUUUUGAGGAUGAGAGCCAGGCUGGUAUUGUUCUGAAGAACGGAAAGAGGGUGACUGCCGACGUCGUCAUCGGAGCCGACGGUGUGCGCUCCAAGGCCAGAGAGCUCGUCCUCGGAUACUUUGAUAAGCCCAAGAGCAGCGGCUACGCUGUGUGGCGUGCUUGGUUCCCCGCCACCGAAAUGGCCAAGGAUCCCCGCACCAAAGAAUUCUGCGAGCACGGCGACACCUUUAACGGCUGGAUCGGCCAAGACGUGCACUUCCUCUUCUCCACCAUCAAGGGCGGCAAGAACUGUUCCUGGGUCCUCACCCACAAGGACGAACACGACAUUGACGAGUCGUGGUCUUUCCCGGGUAAGCUAGAGGAGGUCAAGGAGGUCCUCAAGGAGUGGGACCCGCUCUGCACGGCCAUCAUCGAGAAGACGCCCCCGACGGCGCUCGUCGACUGGAAGCUUGUGUACAGAGAUCCCCUCCCUACUUGGAUUAGCAAGCACGCGCGCAUUGCGCUGCUCGGUGAUUCGGCCCAUCCGUUCUUGCCUACUAGUGCGCAGGGGGCGACGCAGUCGAUGGAGGAUGGCGUUACUAUGGCUGUCUGCUUGAAGAGGGCUGGUAGGGGGAAGGUGCAGGCUGCUGUCAGGACCUACCAGGAUCUCAGGUACGAACGUGUCCGCAAGGUCCAAAAGACAGGCGAAACCACCCGCGACCUCUGGCACAAGACCGACUGGGCCAAGGUCAGGGAGAAUCCAUCCAGCAUUGCCUUCCCCCGUGAGGACUGGAUUCACGGCUUCGACGCUGAGAAGUACGCCGAGGAUAAUUUCGCCGACGCCUUCAAGGCGCAGACCGAGGGGCCCGCGCCGAAGGCCGAGACGCCGCUGGGUAUGACUGCCAACGCGUCGCCCGCCGUGGUUGCGUAG